CCAGGCUUAAUGCAGCGGUGCAUGUUUUUUUGGGGAGGGGGAGAUGGGCAGGUGAUGAGAGAUCCUGUUGAAUAAAGACCCAACGGCGAGCCGUGGCCAAAACUGUCAUCCCUCGAAUGCGAUCACACCUGACUGUUGAGGUGUCAUGUUCUGCGUUUGGCUACGUCGAGGAAUAUCUGGAUUCCCUGAGCGAGAGGGAAAUUUGGACAAACCUGGGAUUUACGUCCUCAGCCAUCUCUAGCUUGUUAUAUUAAGGGUGGAAGCUGAGAAGACAUCCUCAUAUCAUUUCCUACCUGUUGCUGGUGUCAAGCGGAUUCAGUGAUUCAUUCAUAGCCGCUGAAGGGGCAGAGGACGGAUCAAACCUACACCCCACCCCUCCCUCACAGCGAAGAUGGGAACCAGUGAUUUCAUAGGCGAAUAAAGUCUCUACGGCGACCGAGCACCUCAGAUAACGGAAAGGAGCCGCUCUCUCCUCCUGCGUUCAGUUUUCUUUUGGAUAACGCAGGCGCGCGCUACGCACAUGGAUUCUAGAACUGUUGGGCACAUUUUUCUCAUAAUGAUGCUAAUUAUGAUGCUGCUGAUGAUGUCACCAGAAGCACGACGCUUCGCUACAGUUGUAAAGUCCAAUUACAAUAAGUAAAAGUGCACUGAAAGAGCUCAAAGCACUUCCGAAGGCAGCGGACCUCCAGUGCCAGUCAAGUGCAUUUAUGAACUUGCUGAGCCCGUGUUUUGCUCAGCCUCGCUCUUUUCCAUCAUUCUGAACGCUUCGUAGUUUGAGAAGAUGGAGUUUGCUAUGGUGGGCGCGGACAGCGGGGGUUGCAACACCCACCUGCCCUAUGGAUAUGCCCAGGCUCGCGCCCGGGAGAGGGAGCGCGAGCGGGAGAGACAGUCUCGAGCGGCGGCGGCGGCAGCUGAAGCCGGAACGGUCGGAGAGGGAGGUGGGUCCAGCGGCCAUCCCCACAACCACCCGCAUCAGAGUCGCGCCGCCUCUUCAACGAAUGCCAACAACAGUAGCGCCGGGACCGCCUCGCGCCCCUCCUCCCCCUCCUCCUCCUCCUCCCAACAGCCGCAACAGCAGCAACAGCAGCAGCAGCAGCAACACCACGAGCCACCACAGCAACUUCUCAGAGAGCGAAAAAAGCAAAGAGGCGUCGCGCGCUGGAGACGGAACCGCGCGGCACUCGGCGGGGAUCUACGCCACUCAGAGUUGGCGCUACUAGGAUCCGAGGAGGACAUCAUGAUCGAGGAGGAGGAGGCGGAGGGCGAGGAGGAAGAGGAGGAGGACAAGGGCAAGCAAGAGUCGAGUUUUGUCUAUAACAUGGAUGAUGAAGAGGAGACGGUCUCGCUAACGGACAGGCGUCCUCAGUCGGGGUACGAAAAUGUUUACAAUGAGUACGGCUGCUGCGAGAGAGUUGUCAUCAACGUGUCGGGCUUGAAGUUUGAAACUCAGCUGAAGACUCUCGCGCAGUUCCCGGACACGCUCCUGGGGGACCCUGAGAAACGAAUCAGGUACUUCGACCCUCUGCGUAACGAAUACUUCUUUGACAGGAACCGACCGAGCUUCGACGCCAUUCUAUAUUUCUACCAGUCAGGGGGGCGUUUAAAGAGACCCGUCAACGUGCCGUUUGACAUCUUUUCCGAGGAGGUCAAGUUCUAUGAACUCGGGGAAGAGGCAAUGCUCAAGUUUCGCGAGGAUGAGGGCUUCGUGAAGGAGGAGGAGAAGCCACUGCCCGAGGACGAGUUCAAGCGCCAGAUCUGGCUGCUCUUCGAGUACCCGGAGAGUUCAAGUCCAGCCAGGGGGAUCGCGGUUGUGUCAGUGCUGGUCAUCGUCAUAUCCAUCGUCAUCUUUUGUUUGGAAACAUUGCCAGAAUUCAGGGACGACAAAGAAUUCCUCAGCCCAGGUAAAAACUCCACGCAGGCGGACAAUGGAUUUACGCCAUUCAACGACCCCUUUUUCAUCGUUGAGACGGUGUGCAUCAUUUGGUUCUCGUUCGAGAUCAUCGUGCGCUUCUUCGCGAGCCCCAGUAAAGCUGCUUUCUUUAAAAACGUUAUGAACUCCAUAGACAUCGUCUCUAUUUUGCCUUACUUCAUAACUCUCGGCACAGACCUCGCUCAGCAGCAAGGCAACGGGCAACAGGCAAUGAGUUUCGCCAUCCUGAGAAUAAUACGACUCGUCCGCGUGUUCAGGAUCUUCAAACUGUCGCGGCACUCGAAAGGUCUCCAGAUCCUCGGGCACACUUUGCGCGCGAGCAUGCGAGAGCUGGCCCUGCUCAUCUUCUUCCUUGUCAUCGGUGUCAUCCUGUUCUCCAGCGCGGUGUACUUCGCAGAGGCGGACGAGCCCUCGUCGCAGUUCACCAGCAUCCCAGACGCGUUCUGGUGGGCUGUAGUGACCAUGACCACGGUGGGCUACGGGGACAUGAAGCCCAUCACGGUCGGGGGCAAAAUUGUGGGCUCGCUUUGCGCCAUCGCCGGCGUUCUGACCAUUGCGCUUCCAGUCCCUGUCAUCGUGUCCAACUUCAACUACUUCUACCACCGGGAGACUGAUAACGAGGACCAGGCGCCCGUUGUGGAGCAGCCUCCGCCGGGCUGCCCGUACUUUCCGGAUUUCCUGAGAAAAUUCAAAGGCUCCCCGUCGGGGUCGUCUUUGGGUGACAAGGCGGCAGAGUACAUGGAGAUGGAGGAGGGCGUCACAGAGUCUCUGUGCGGGGCUGACACGCAGAGCCCCAGCAGAGGAAAUGGUACUGACAUAGGCGGAAAAAACAGUUCACAUUCACGAACCCUACAGACAGAUGUAUGAUUAUGGAAGAACGCUAACCUCCUCGGGAGGUUUUCAUAAAGAUGACUGCACAAAUGAAUCAGUUAACAGCACACAUGCACAACUUGAAUACAUAUACAGUACGCUCACACACACACAUACACACGCACUCAUUAAGUUCUGGACCUGAGCUGAAACAUUUUUGCAAUGUGGCUACUUUUGUAGAGAAACGUACCCUGUAAUCACGUGACAGGCAACGCAAAAACCACCAGCUUUACGUGACGUGGAGAGGUGUCUCUAUCUGCCCACCUGUUCAGUUCAGUUGACAGAACUGAACGACUCCCGGUUCAUUAACGAAGGCAUCAAAAAGGAACUUGCAUAGGCACUUUAUGAGUUACAUUUGUCAGUAAUUGUAGGAAAACGAGGCGAUCGAGUUCUUAUCUAAUGCUAUUAUGCAAUAACGUUUAAAUCGUUUGCACUAUCAUUAAUUAUGUUAUAGUCUCCCAGUUUAAUGCAGAGGAAAGAAACAGGUGUAACACUGAGGUAGAGAGGGAGGACAUUGAAAACGACUCAAUCAUAAUAUGACUUGCAUUGUUAAUGAAUUCGAAACACUAGCAAACAUACGCUGCCAUCUUCUCUGACAAAAACCAAUUCAGCAGUUCAGCUUUUCGAAUUAUUGCAAUUAAUUGGAAAGCAGCAUGUUGCGUAACUUCAGGCAAUGUUAUCUUAAAUCCCACUAUGGCAAACAUGUGUCCGCAUGGCAGUAUUCAGUAUGUUUCACACUCUGGUAAAGACCCCUUUUCGCACACCCUGUGUAGUUCUUUGUGCAUUGUCCACGGUGACCGAUGAGUCAUUUAUAGUCAGCCCCUUUCGUGAGUAUUGAAAAACAAAUCAGUCAUGUUAGUUUUUGUUCAUUAGCACAAUAUUUGAAACACCGUAAUUCAUCCAUCACGCGAUGCGAGGCAUCACAGUCACAUUAUGGCAUACCGAGGCCAAAAUAUCCAGUUCACAUUGUCUCACAAAGUAAACACCUUGUGCAACAGAGUCAACGACACCAUGGCUUGAAGGAUCAGUUUGGCCACUGUUUUCAAGUUACUGUCAUGGGAGUAUAUUUCAAGGGAAUGCUUCAUGCAACUAUUUGUCUUCAUCCCUUUACCAAAUGACAGUGCAUCCCUUUAUAAAAAUGCUGGCGGAAAUGUACAGCACUGAAGGGAACGUGAACUUGGUGGACUUCAUGCACAGCGAAUUCUCGUCCUACUGGAGUGCACGAUGACCACUGAGCAUGCGCAGUGCUUUGCGGAACGCAGUGUUGUGAGUCUUGCCUAUGAGAGACUUUUCCGUCAGCCUUUGGACUCCUACAGAGGGGAACGGCCAUGACUGCUAGUCAGCGGACGGCAAGUGGACGGGACGGACCCGUCGACGCAGUUGUCACUGAAGCCACUGCUGGACAUCAGAUAGAGAGUGGACACUGCUGCCUCACCGACGAGCAGUAAGACAGGAAGUCCAUCAUCAAGCCAGGUGUCAAACUGUUCUAAGACCCGCCCCAAUAAAUGCCUUAAAGACACAGUACACUACAUCUUUAUGUAGAGGAACCUGCAGCAGGAGACUUCUUAAAAAAAGCUUGACAUGUUUUCAUUUUCCUCUUUAUGAGUGAAUCAGUGUCUUGCGAGAACAGAUGUGAAUAUUUUCUUAUAAUAGAGAAAUAUUUGUUUGGGUGUAAUAUUGCCACUUGUUUUUUUGUGGUAGGCCUGGUGAAAGCUGUUAAAUAUAAGUGAAGGGAAAGUCUACUGUCUGUCUGUGGCAGCCUCUUCCAUCUAGUUUUAUCUCUUUUCAUUUCUUAAACCAAAAGACUGCCGGCUGGAAUGGAGAAAUUCAGCGGCAGCGCUCAAUGAUGUCAGUUUGGACGGGUCACACAUUUACAGUAUGAAUGCAGGGUCAAAUCGCAUACCCCUCAGCACCCAGACUCAUUGCUUUGCGCACAUCUUCAACAAUCAAGAACAAUCCGCUUUUAGAUUAGAAGAGCUGUGUCUGUCAUCAAAACCCUAAACUAUUUUUAAGGGAUCAUUCACCCCAAAUUUCAGAAAUUAUGGUGAUUAUUUAUUCACCCUCAUUAUGUUAUUCCAAACCUAUGUGACUUCCUUUUUCUGAAAAAUAUAUUAGUUUUUUGUCCGUACAAUGCAAGUCAAUGCAUUUGUAGAGACUCAAAUAAUCUACUUUUAAUCUAAAAUGAAAUUUCAAUCAGACUAUAAGGAACGGUGUAGACCUAAAAUAAGUUAAGCACAUAAAGGCUUAAAUCCGACUGAUUCAAAAAUACCUUGCGAACGUGCAGUGUUGAGAAGAAUAUGUCACGAUCAAGCAGAUGAUUAAAAGGAGCCCAGGGUAUUAAGACUUGUAUGGCUUAAUAGAAUGUAAAUGAUGUCUCUUAUGCAAUAUGUAGAUGAAAACCCAUGAUUUACGUUAUUUCAAAAUCCACAUUGUUUUAUACCUAUUCUGGGGCGCGCCAUUAUUUUAAUGACAUGAAUGGUUGUACUUGGUGAGAUACUAGUGCUACCCGUUGCUAUUUUUACUGCAACACAACUUGGAAAAUAAAAUACUUAUACAAUGACCACAGCUACUGAAAGAGCUUACAGGUGUUGACAGAUAUAAGCGUAGGUUUAAACCAAAUGCCGCACAAUCGAUAUUUCCUCACAAGGAGUCGGAUAUCGAGUGAAAUCCACGCUGAGAAGCUCCUUCAGUGGCUGCGGCGUCACGAUACGCGUCGGCAUGUUUACAUCCUGCCAGGAUGGCAUCUAGCGUUUCUUGUCUCUGUCAUUUGUAAGCUCUUUCAGUAGCUGUGGUCUGCUAAAAGCCUCAAAGACAUCAAGGCUAAUGUGGAGAGAACGAGACGUGAGUCUUUAGGAAGUUUAUUCAUCCACAGGCAUCUUAUCAUUCUUUUCUCCUCUUCUUAUCGCUAGGAAAGCAGUGAAUUGCUUCUCUUGUUGUCCUUCGACCGAACAUUACAACUAAAAGCCGAACAAUGUGACAUCGCAUCAGUAUUUUAUUUUCCGAGUUGUGUUGCGGUAAAAAUAGCAACAGGUAGUGCCAGUAGCUUACAGAGUGAAAACGUUUGCUUUCAUCAAAAUAACGGUGCCCCCCAUAGUCCAAAAAAUGUAUAAAACGAUGUGGAUGUUUUAAAUAACGUAAAUCUUUCAUGGGUUCUCUACUACAUAUUUCCACUUUUUUUCAAUACGUGAAUCAGACAUUUAGGGUUCAUAUAAACAGAACUUUUAGAAUCUAAAAAUCUGAUUGAAAUGAUUUCAAUUGCUUCACAGAAGAAAGAAAGUCAUUUAGGUCUGGAGCAACAUGAGGCUGAGUAAAUGAUUGAACUUUCAUUGUUAUGUAAACAGUCCCUUUAACACCCAGAGGCGUAAAACAUCAGUUAUAGUCAUUUGAAUAAUAGACCUAUGUCUGGUGGCCUUGAUGGUGUCUAAGGUGCAUAUAAAUGAUGAAAGUUGAAUUGUGAAUUGUGGGUGCCAUCAGGUUUGGUGGACAGCUGGUUAUUCAUUUGAGUUGGUGCAUUACUGGACUGAUGCCCACCGAUCAGAUGGUGAGCUGAGUCUGCUUCUCUCUGCCUGCAUCCACUUUAAAUAUCAGUGAUAACCCACGACAGAGUUUGGUUUAUAAAUACUCCCAAUCAGUUGAUCGCAAUAGGAAUAACACUACUCUGCUGUUGUGAACUUGGAAUUUUGGUAUUGCAGUUCAAUUCGUCCCUUUUGCAAUACCCUCUAUAAAUAGUGCCCUCAAACAGAAGACUGCAAAUUACAGUGCCACACACCGACAGCAUGACAAUAAAGCCACAUAUAAACAGAUCUGCAAGUCAUAUUCCCAGUUAACUAACACGCUCUCUCUCUCUCCCUCUCUCUCUCUCUGUUGGGAGACACAGCAACAGAAAGAGACGAUACUCUCUCUGAAAUGACUGCCCCACAAUCCUCCCUGUCUCUCUUUUCAUCUCCCACUCCUUUCUCGUUCUUUGUCUUUUGCUUUCCCUCCUUGCCUAUCUGACAUGCAACCAAGCAUGCAGACUUAUGCACACAGUUGUCUUCUGUUUCUCUGUCCCUCUGUCUGUCUUUCCUGUCGGAAGCUCUCCGAAUAGACGACGUGUCAGAAUUUUAGGAUAAACGUGGUCUGAUAUUAUAGAAUAUAAACACAAACGAUUUCUAGAAUGAACCAGCUGCUUUGUUGUCAUGGAAAUACAUUCAAGUAAUCUGUAUGCAAAGUUCUAUGGAAGUGUACUAUCUAUUUUUUUAAAUCUAGCCUUGAAUAUUAUAUAACCAAAGUCGAACCCUGAAAAUCUAUGUUCUAUGUUUGGACCUCUUUUUAUUUCUCGAAGAGAUUUAGACCUAGUAAAAAUAGAUGCACAUGAAACACGACGUAUGUACAUAAGCAGAUGUCUAUUUUAUUGUGUCCUCAAGGUCACACGCAUCAUUUUAGGCAGAUCUACUUUUUGACUGUUAGCCUUCUCGAGUCCCGGGCCCUGUUUUUCUCUCGUUCUCUCAAUUCCUAAUGGUUUCGUGCACCUCGUGGAAGCCGAUCCUGCCGGUUGCAGACUCUCUCUCCUCAGCUCUCUCGUUUUUUUUUUAGCGUGUGUGUUAGUUAGUUGACUGGACUCUCCAGCAGAGGACCACUUGCUGAGUGCUUUUCAUAAACUGAAGCCGAGAUCAUCAGGUGGAUCAGCGCCAUGAAGCAACUAAACAUGGAGCGUUGCGUCACGUCACAUGUUGUAGAUCUGCAUGUGACUUUAAUAUGUAAAUAUGUGUUAGUGCUACUAUGAUGUCACCACGACAUGUCGCUCUGUGCUCGAUGCAGUGGAUUGGAAUGGUUUACAUUGGAGAACAAAAGAAUUUCUUAACAUCCACGAUGCGAUGCGCAUGGCUCUUUCAUUACACACUGAGUCAACAGCCAAGAAUUACCAGCCAACCGUGAGGAGACUUUGUUACCAUGGAGAUCCUCUGCCAGUGCUGACUGGUCAGCUGGCUUUGGAGGAAAAGGAAGCUUUGCCCUGUAAAAAAGGAGAAUUACCUGCUAAAUGAGAUAGACCAUAUCAGCACAUCCUCUCAUUGAUUUGAUCGAUUAUUGCGUUCAUAUUCAUCUUAUGCUGCCUGAUUUACACGUGAAUAUGCAAUGCAAUGGAAAGAUAUCUAAAAGUUCACUUCUUAGAUGCACACUCAAUAUUACCAUUAUCAAUUAUGUUUGACUGUUAGGGAUGCACUGACAAUAAAAUUACGCCAAUAAUUAUUUUGUUUUUUUACGUCAUGGCUGAUAGACAAUAAAUGGCUGAUAUUAAACUCAUGCUAUUUUCUCUUUUUAAAUUUUUUUAAUUAAAAAAUAAAAUCAAAUGUUUGGUGGUACAAGUGGUACAAGUGAAUUUAGACACCACUACAUUGCAAUGUAGAGGAUAUUCAUUUCAAGACUGAAUUGAAACAGUGUUACUGAAUUAGUGUUUUUAAAAACUUCAGUUGAGUGUUAGAUGACGGCAAAGAUUAUCUAAAUGUGAAAAUGUGGGAAACAAGCAUGCACAUAUUUAAUAUCAGCUGAAAUAUAUUCAAUACAGGGGUGUCCAAUCCUGGUCCUGGAGGGCCUGUUGAGUUUAGCUCCAGUUUGUCCCAACAUAGCUAACCAGAAUAUUCUAGUAAUCCCGGAAACCUUGAUUACUUUGGGUCAGGUGUGUUUAUUUUGGGUUGGAACUAAAUUCUGCAGUACAGUGGCCCUCCAGGAGCGGGAUUACACACCCCGAUCCAACAUGUUUCUGGGGUGUCCAAACAUGGUCCUGGAGGGCCUGCCGAGUUUAGCUCCAGUUUGUCCCAACAUGCCUACCCGGAAUAUUCUAGUAAACCUGAAAAGCUUGAAUACUUUGGUUUAGGUGUGUUUUAUUGAGAUUGAAACUAAACUCUCCAGGACAGUGGCCCUCCAGGAAUGGGAUUAGGGGUGUCCAAACUUGGCCACAGUCCUGCAGAGUAUAGCUCCAAAUUGUCUCAACACACCUGCCUGGAAGUUUCUAGUAUGCCUAGAAAGACCUUGGCUGUGUUUACACUUGGGAUUAACAUGCCAUCCAACAUCAAAAUCCAGAUGUUGUCCACAUACACACUGAAAAGACAAGUGUAAACGCGCUUCUGAUCGGAAUAAUAUCCGAUCAGCGUGUCCUGGUCCAGAGGUAGUCAAGAUUGUGAUCGGAUCUCAGGGUAAUGUAAAUGCAAUCCAGCCAUCGUGUCUGCAUUCGCAGAUCGACGUCAUGCAAAACGCUGCCCCCUCUCUCCCGAACUGUCAGAGUAGAGAGGACGUGAAGCGCUAGUAAGACUCGUCCAGUUAUUGGCCUGCUGAGUUUAGCUCCAGUUUCUCCCAACACACCUACCGGAAUAUUCUUGUAAUCCUGGAAACCUUGAUUACCUUGAGUUAGGUAUGUUUAUUUGACACUGGAACCAAACUCUGCAGGACACUGGCCCUCUAGGAGUAGGAUUAGGGGUGUCAACACACCAACACACCUGCCUGGAAGUUGUAGUGUGCCAAGUAAGACCUUGGCUGUGUUUACAUUAACAUGCAACCUGUAUCUGGCUGUUGUCCACAUACACAUUGAAAAGACAAGUGUAAAUGCGCUUCUGAUCAGAAUGUUAUCUGAUAAGCAUGUCCUGGUCCAGAGGUAGUUGAAGACGCAUUGUGAUUGGAUCUCAGGGUGAUGUAAACGCAAUCCAGUCAUCAUGUCUGCAUUCGCAGAUCGACGUCAUGCAAAAGGCUGCCCUCUCUCUACCGAACUGUCAGAAGAGGGAUGCGCUAGUGAGACUUGUACAGUUAUUUUCAUUUGUUAAAUGUCUGACGACUGAAAAGAACCACUUCGGGUCAAACAUCUUCCGCAGACUUAUUUAAAUAUUGCGCAGGAACGACAGAUCUGAUCGGUUAUCCAGAUAGAGAAGUCAGCUGAUGUUGCCAAGUGUAAACGCGCCGUGUCCUGAUUGACUGAUGAUCUGAUCUGCUUGAUCGGAUCAAGGUGAUUGCAUGCCAAGUGUAAACGCACCUCUUGUUUUGCUGGUUCUAGUGUGUUUAGUUGGGGUUGUAGCUAAACUCUGCCAGACAUUGGCCCUACAGGAGUGGGAUUAGACACCCAGAUCCAAUAUAUCCGGGGUGUCCUCGAGGGCCUGCUGAGUUUAGCUCUAGUUUGUCCCAACAUACCUACCCGGAAGUAAUCCUGAAAACCUUGAUUACUUUUGUUUAGGUGUGUUUUAUUGGGGUUGGAACUAAACUCUGCAGGACAGUGGCCCUCCAGGAGCGGGAUUAGGGGUAUCCAAACUCGGCCACAGUCCUACAGAGUUUAGCUCCAACUUGCCUCAACACACCUGCCUGGAAGUUUCUAAUAUGCCUAGUAAGACCUUGGCUGUGUUUACACUUUCCAUUAACAUGCGACCUGUAUCCAGAUGUUGUCCACAUACACACUGAAAAGACAAGUGGAAACACGCUUCUGAUCGGAAUGUUAUCUGAUCCAAGUUGGUUCUGGUGUGUUUAGCUGGGGUUGGAGCUAAACUAUGCCAGACAUUGGCCCUCCAGGAGCGGCAUUAGACACCCCUGCAAUAUAUAAAUUAAAAAAUCUAUAAUAUUGAAUAAUAUAUUGUGCAUCCCUAUUUGAUUGCAAAACAGCCCAGCUACUGUGUGAGAGAUAUUGAGACAAAAACGAAGAGAAUCCUUAGAAAUACAACUUAGAAAUGCAACUUAAAAUCUAGCAAUUAUAGAGUACCUGAAACCUUAGCACACCAAUGUGAUAUUUGAUGUACCGUAUGAACAAUACAAAUUUUCUUGUGGCUUUCAUUGCAGCAUGGAAUAUAUUGUACUUUGUGUACAAGUGACUGUCUGAGCUUAGAUAAAUUCUUCAGAAUCAUUAGGCGUUUUUUUCACUUUUGUAAAGUGUCGUAAUGGACAGAGUUACCUGUGUAACGCUUGGCUGCUCACCCUUGUCUCCACACAGUAACGAAACCGCAGGAGAACAUUGCUGACUGGAAGAGAUCUCUUUCAAUUACCAGAUCACCUUACUUCUAGAGUCCGGCCUACAGAAGUGUAUACAGCUACAGGUCACUAACGAAACACAGGCAAUUGCACGUCAGAAAUAUGAAUCUAAUAUCAGAUCAUUUUGGUAAUCACAGGCGGACAUCAGUGUAUUCCCGCUUCGAUGAGAGGUGUGUUGGUGUGUGUUGGGUCAGCUUUUGUGCCUCCUAACAAGCAUGCAGAGGGAGAUGCGCUCUGUGAGUCUGUGUUCUUACGACGAACAAUCCGGACGGCAGGAAAGUGUAUAGAAUCACCCCCCCUCAAAGAAGUAAAUAAAUAACCAGAUGUUCCUCUAUUCAUGUGAGUUUUGGAUGGGCUUGCCCUUUCUUUCUGCAUGAUGCUUUGGUUUUGGAAACUUGCAUCCUGAUUGAAGAUGUAUUUGUGUUAUUUAUUUAUUACUGUUUUUUUGUAUAUUGGAGACCCUGUAUCAUUUCUUUCUUUCUUUUUGUUUCUUUUUUCUGGGGGUUAAUUCAUCAAUCUUCUGGAUUUUUCUACAUGCAUAUCAUUUUGUAGGCAGCAAUAUGAGAUGUGAUGGAAAUGAAAUUAUGUGCAAUGUUGAAAAUUAAAAAAACAAAACAUAAUAUAUUAAAUAAAAACAAAGAAGGCCAUUUUUUAUCUUU